AGAUUUUUUUUUUCUACAGCCGCAAAACUCAUCACGCUAGGGUAACCCUUUUUCUAGAAUUCUCUCUAUCGUCCCUUUUCCGUCAGCCAUGGCAAUGAGGGCAGCAGUGGCGGCACCGCGCGGCUUACGGCGGCUUUUCUGCACGAACUCGACCUCUCCUUCUUCCCCUUUCACUCUAACAGGCCCUCCAACCACCCGACAGAUGGGUGAGCCCAGCACCAACCUCUUCGUGUCCGGGCUCAACAAGCGUACAACAACAGAAAAGUUACGGGAAGAAUUUGCAAAAUUUGGUGAAGUUGUUCAUGCAAGGGUGGUAACUGAUCGAGUCUCAGGUUACUCCAAGGGUUUCGGUUUUGUGAAAUAUGCAACUAUUGAAGAGGCCAGUAAGGGCAUUCAAGGCAUGGAUGGCAAGUUUUUGGAUGGAUGGGUUAUAUUUGCAGAGUAUGCAAAAUCAAGUCCAGCACCUGGACAACAACCUGCAAACAAUAUGACAAAUCCUUAUGCACGGCAGUAGUUCUUGUUGUUCAUCAGAAACAUUCUUACACCUUAUUGAACUGGUCUUGCAUUCGUGGAGAAAAUCAUUAAACUGUUAUUUGUUUACCGGGCGUGUUUAUCUGAUUUGACAUAAGAAAUUGGAUGAGAAUGAGAUUAACAUUGGUUAUCCUACUUAGAAUGUGAAUGAUGUUAUUGUCGUUGAUUUUAUAUUUGAGUAUACAUAGUGUUAAUAUUUA